AUGGAGCUGAGCGUUGACUCUGAUACAACCUCUGUACUGGACCAGUAUACAGCACAAUUUACAGCUUACGGAUAUGACCUUACAGCAGCUCAGAAACGGCAUGUGCCAUUUGUUUGGCAGCGUCAAAAGGUGUGCUAUGGUGACUUCAAGAAUUCUUGUUACAAGCUAGCUUAUUUCCAGGACUUGUCUAGACGUGUGGGCUUUCAGGAGGCCCGCCAAGCUUGUGAAAUUGAUGGUGGGGCUUUACUGAGCUUGGACAGUGAAGCCGAGCAGCAACUAAUAGAAAACAUGUUGCAAAACCUCACUAAAUCAGGCUCUGGGAUUUCUGAUGGUGACUUCUGGAUUGGGUUGUGGAGAAGUGGCGAUGGACUAGCCACCUCAAGUGCUUGCCCUGACCUAUACCAGUGGUCUGAUGGAAGCAUUUCACCAUUCAGAAAUUGGUAUACAGAUGAGCCUUCCUGUGGAAGUGAAGCCUGUGUUGUGAUGUAUCAUCAGCCAACUGCAAAUCCUGGUCUUGGAGGGCCAUAUCUUUAUCAAUGGAAUGAUGAUAGAUGCAACAUGAAGCACAAUUUUAUCUGCAAGUAUGGCCCAGAUAACGUCUUAGAAAAAGAAUUAGGAGACAGAGCGGAGCAAGAUUAUGAUAUUUUACCAACAGUGCCAGCAGGAAAUACUUAUGACACAAGCAAACCAGAAGAUCAGUAUCAUGUUAUUGCUACUGAAACAGGUAUAAUUCCGAAUCUAAUUUAUGUUGUAAUACCCACUAUACCACUACUUCUGUUGAUACUGGUGGCUUUUGGGACUUGCUGUUUCCAGAUGCUUCAUAAAAGGGAAGCAAGGAGAAACUGCUUCAAAGACCCAUCUCCAUUAUCAUCUGAAUGCCUUGCAGAAAGUUUAAAUUCCAACCUGUAAAGGAAGAACAAAAACCAGUCCAAACCAGUCCACACUAUGGAUUUCAAAGACGCCUAGGAAGGACAGUAGCAUGGAGGUAUAAUGAUUUACUGACUGAAAACAAAACAAAAGUAACAUUUUGCAGUCAGGCUGUAUUAUAAUGUCGUCAAAGAACAUUAGCUUGGAAUGGCUUGAAAAUGCAAAGGAUCUACAAGAAUGAACUGUAAGCUCCCCCUUGAGGCAAAUGUUCAGAUCAUUUUUAUAUAAUGUUUGAUUAUUAAUUCAGUGACAAAAUAUGCCGUGCUAAAUAAAGGGUAUGUGUUUAUUUUGCUAAGAGAUGUAAGUUAGCUAGUUGUGAGCAAUGAACAGAGCAUUUGAAGUUUUUAUGGGGAAAUAUCUACAAUGUAUAUCAGUUUUAAGACUGUUUGUAGUUAAACCCUCUUUGUUUCCUUUAGUCUCAUGUAUUGUAACCUAGUUGAUGUACUGUAAAUGGAACUGACAAUUUUACAGUGUAACAAUUAUUUAUCUUUGCAUAAAUGUUUGAUAC